AUGUAAAUAUACACAAUGUGAAGACAUAAGUCUUCCAGACACUUUAGAGCCCACUCUACAUAAGUACGGGUGUUACCAAUUACAAUUGAUAUCAAACAAUGGUACCUGUUCUUUGGGCAACGCUGACAUAUCCAGCAAUGAAGAUUUAGAAAUCUGUGACGAAUUUGUGUACAAAGAUGAGAAUUCCUUUGUUGGAGAACACAAUCUGGGCUGCUCAGAUUGGAAGCGCACAUUCCCAGGAAUGAUACACAGUUUCGGCUACAUGAUCGGACUUCUUAUGAUGGGACCUCUCGCUGACAAGAUCGGUAGAAAGAAACUGAUAAUUUUGACGGGAACUAUAGCAGCGUUUAUGGGACUUGCUAAGAGUAUAGCGCAGGUUUACUGGCUGUACAUAGUUUUGGAGCUGGUCGAGGCUUUGUUUGGAGAUACUUACUCAUGUACAUUUAUGUUAGGUGUAGAAAUGGUAACAAAAGAGAAUCGAGUUUCAUUCAUCACGCUAAUGACAGCAAGCACGUCGAUAGCAGGAAUAUUGAUGGCUCUCAUAGCCUGGGCAGUUCCCUACUGGAGAUAUUUCCUCAGAGUAAUUUAUGCACCGUCCUUGCUAUUUUUAUUAUUCGCUUUUCUGCUGGAUGAGAGUCUCAGAUGGUUAUUAAUCAAAGGACGAAAGGAAGAAGCUAAGGAUGUGAUAAUGAGAGCAGCUAAAUUAUCCAAUAUUGACUUAAGUGAUGUCGACUUAGAUAACAUAGAAUGUGAGAAGGAGGUUGAAGCAACGAAUUGGAUGGACCUUCUUAAAGUGACGGUUGGGUCGAGGAAGUUGGUGUUUCGGUUUGCUGCGUGUGUCUGCAUGUGGGUCACUGGCCUGUUCAACAAGUACACCUUACUAAUAAACUCAGUAGAACUAGAAGGGAAUAAGUACAUCAACUAUGCUUUGACCUCGUUCUCUGAACUUCCAGCUAGUUUCGCCAUAGUAUUCCUGCUGAACAGAUAUAAAAGAAGAAUACCAUUGAUGUUUACAUUUCUAUUGACUGGCGUUUUUUGUAUUGGACAGUCUUUUGUGCCGAAAGGUAACAUAAUACUAUCAAUAUCUUUGUUCCUGGUGGGACGAUUCAUGGCGACCAUAUCUCUUGCUAUCGUCUACUUAUACACGUCAGAAUUAUUCCCCACACACACUAGAAACACGAUGCAUGCGUUGUGCUCAUCAUUAGGAAGAACUGCUACUCUGGUGGCGUCACAGACUCCACUAAUGCUGUAA